AUGUCGUGCUAUCCAUCAGAUUCUUUGCCAACGAUUCUGACGAUUGCGGACUCCUAUAGUGAUAGUAGUAAUGGAAUACAAAUCGAUCUUCAAACUUUUACAUCAUUAUCAACGUUUGGCAUGUCUGUAACUACUGCAUUGAUACCAAUGGAAAGUUCGAAUAAUGAUGCGAUACAAUCGGUACCUAUCGAAUUCAUUUCGUCUCAAUAUUGUGCACUCGUCAAUAGAACGAAGUUCACAGCUUUAAAAAUAGGUAUCUACACUCAUUUGCCAAUAUCGAAAAAAGAUUCGUUCUUAACGCCGAAAGUUUUAGGUACAUUACAGUCGUUGUCUCUGAUUAAUUGUAUCAUACCACUACUUGCUGAUAUACAAAUACCUAUUCUUAUUUUUGAUCCGGUGGUAGUUAGUAAUAAUCUAUCAUCAAAUACUCUUGAUAUUCUACGAACUCAACUUCUGCCAAAAAUCACAUUAAUAAUGCCUACAAUUGAUGAAGCAGCUGCUCUACUCCAAUGUGAAAUCGAUUCAUUUGAAGGGAUGAAAGCAGCUGCCCAAAAUCUUCAUCACUCAGGUGCAAAAUAUGUUUUGAUUAGAAACAAUAGUUUCGCUGAUCGUUCAUCACAAUUCACUGAAGACGGUAAUAGCAAAAACGACUUUAUUAUGGACGUACUUUUCGACGGCACGAAUUUCACUCCUUUCAAAAGUUUUUAUUUUUCCGGUGCUAACCGUUGUAAAUACUCUGCAGCUAUUACUGCAUUCUUAGCUAAUGGUAUCGAUAUAAAGCAAGCGAUUGAAGAUGCUAUUGCAUACACUAGUAAUGUUUCAAAAUACGUAGAAUCGGACAGCGUAGUUGAUGAUAAUACAGCACAGGAAGAAAAUCCAUACGAAAUAGGAACACCGCACGGAUCUUUGUCAAAGUCAUCAUUCGUUCAACUAUUGAAAACACAAUGUGCACAAGAAUGGUUCGAUUACACUCACCAUCGGUUUGUACAAGAGCUGGGCCGUGGCACUCUACCACAAGCAAGUUUUCAACAUUAUCUAAUUCAAGAUUAUAUAUUUUUAACCCAUUUUGCUCGAUGUUACAGUUUAAUCGCAUAUAAGUCCAAUACUAUGGAUGAGAUUAUGCUUGCAGCCAAGAACGUCUGCUUUAUCGGAUACGAAAGUAAACUUCAUAUUGCAUACUGCGCUGAAUGGGGUAUUGACAUUACCAAGUUGAACACGAUGAAAGAAGCACGCGCUAAUUUAGCUUAUACACGCUAUACUCUUGACGUAGGUAUGACUGGUGGUUUGCUAGAUCUCUAUAUUGCCCUUGCGCCUUGUUUAUUGGGUUAUGGCGAUAUUGCACUAAGAUUAUUUGAAGAUUCAACGACUGAUCAUCAGUCACCGUAUUGGAAAUGGAUAUCAAACUAUGCCGCGAAUGACUAUCAACAGUCUUGUCGCCGAGGCGAACAAUUAAUUGAACGUUUAGCAAUUGAAUAUGGCGUCUGGCAUGCUCCUUGCCGUAUGAAGAAACUUAUCGAUAUAUUUAGAACUGGAACACAACUCGAGAUUGGCUUUUGGGAUAUGGGUUUACAUAUGGAAUGA